AGGGGAGUGCGUACAGGCAGUUUAUCAAAACAAAGGGAGUUGGAGCAUCAUGAGGUUGAGGCUGGAGAAGACUUGGUUGUAGUUUGAUAAAUCAUGGGCGGUCUGUUGGUAUUGAUUCUGUUAACUUUGGAGCCGGUCUAUGCACACCCUCCUCUGUACAACUCUGCGUUUCAUGGCACUGACAGCUCCUACGGAAGACCAAGGGAAUCAGCAUCUGCCAACCUAACGCCCAAUACUCGCUAUUCUUUGGAGUCCGCACGUGGUUACGACAGCUCAAGUUUUGUAUUUCCCGAUGAUUUAGUAUUAUUGCCACCUGUUGAUAACUCUGGGAUUCCUCUUUGUGCACGAAUGACUAACAGUACGUUUUGUGAAAAUGUAGAAGAUUAUCCAUAUAGGCAUAUUUCAGAGGCAGUUCAAUCAUUGCCUGAAGACGUGCUGUAUAUGUUACUGGAAACAACUGACGUUGGUAUUCAAGGGAGAUCUCCUCCUUCAUUUAAGGAUUUCUCUGAGGACCCUAUUUGCACCCCUGUUAUGAAAACUUUUAAGCCAAAAGUAGGAGAAAAUAACGACAAAAAAUGGCUUUACAUCGUCAAUGAUAUCAAAAUUGAGCAGUUCGUAACGUCGGAAACGUGCUUUGAAGAAGGAAAGUCAUGUGGUUAUAUUGACGGGAACUUGCCAUUUGGUUAUCGAAGUCAGUGUCGCCAGAGGUACGCCUAUAAACGCCUUUUAGCAGUCCAUCCAAAGAAAAAAACCACUUUUUUGGACUCUUUCCCGUUUCCAUCAUGCUGCACGUGCUUUGUCAAAUUUCCGCCAGAGUUUCGCCGCAAACCACCUAUGACUGAAGCUGUGUCACCUGGUGGCAGGUUAAAUUAGCCAAAUACACGUGCCGAAGACCUACAUUAUUUGAAGAUAGCGGUGUCUGUGAUCAACAAUAAAAACAGGUUGCUUUAAAAACCUAAAAACAGUGUACAUGGACAAUAAUGAUAACACAAUGAACCUUUUUUAUGUUGAAGUUACUAAUGUUAAAUCAACUUUUUUAUAUAUAUAUCUUACUGACUCAUAAUACUUUGGAUUUGAAGUGAAAAUAAAUGAAAGUUUUUGUAGUG